CUCCCCGUGUCAUUCUUGCUUCCUUUUCUCUCCUUUUCUUCUCUGUUCUUCCUUCAGGAUGACUGAUUUGGAGCGUGGGGGCUCUCUGAGACCACUUACCUGCCUGGGCUUCUAAGACCCACUCGAGAAGGUGCCUAAGGUGGGGCACCUUCAGCUAUUCGAGAAGGUGCCUGCAGCCUGCAUGGUCAGAGCAAGUUCGGGUGUCACAAACUUUAUUGGUUUCCCACGUAAACCAGUCAGGUCAAGCCUCUGUCUCUCCCCGUUGCUGUCUUUUCGCCAACGUCGUCCUCCUGAGGAUAUCCCUGGAUCCAACCGAGGCUGGACCCCAGUAAGUGGCACCCGGAACAGGCUAUCCAAAGGACACAGAUUCUCCAAUUUGGAUCCCAGACAGACUGAUUCGUCAUGUCACAGCCCCCCAGGCAUCUGGUCCUUCCACUGCUGCGACCACAAAAAAGGAAGGGACCUCCUCUACCUCCACUCCCUCUGCCAACAUGGGAAGCCCAGCUGAUCUUGAGACGAAUGACACAAGACGUCCCGGAUGAACAGGAAGAGGAACCACCCACCAGACAGAUGUCACAACUCCGUAUAAGAGAUACUAUUCCCCCUAAUUCUUUACCCCACAGGAAAUCACUGGGAUGUCCUACACAGGCCACUCAACAAGCCUCUAUACCUAACUGGGGACAGAUUAAGACGCUCUGUCACCAGGAACAAGGGAUAGCUUCCCCGCAGGUCUCUCCAGCCUCUCUGGAGAGAGUGUUUAUUACUAUGCUUGCCUUGCUAUCUUGCCAGGUAACCGCCUCCUCCCCCACUCCAGAAAAGUAUUGUGCAUACUUACCAGAUCCUCCGAUCUUUCAAGUAGUUACUUGGAACAGUGACCCUAUACGGGUCCACACAAACAAGCCUCGUUUAUUGGGAGGAUCAUAUGCUUCCUAUACAAAGAAUGAAUACCCUAUUAAUUUGAAUUAUACCUUUAGGGGAUUAACAGAUGAUCUUCCUAUUUGUUUUAACUUCCCUUCUCAUACAGGAAACUUUAUUACUCCUACCAAAGCAGGAUGUAUUGGAGCCUCUAAAAAAGCAAUUAUAACAGAUUCUCCAUUCUUAACAUUUCGGUCAGUUUGGGUAUUACUGGCUCGUAUGCCCGGGGUCCUUGACCCUUAUGAAUCCCUGCAUAUUCAUGCUCCACCAGAAUAUCCAAAUUGUCGUCGUGUUGCCCCUUUAGAUGCCAUAUGGAACACUAUAGAUCGUCAUUCAGGGUAUCCGAUUUGGAAAUAUUGUAUUUAUAAUUCUAGAAUUGACUACAGAAUACCAGGAGGAGGAAAUUCCAUUCAGGACUGGAGCAACCCGGAUCCAGGUCAGGAUCCAAGGAUUCAUCAUGAAUUUACAAGGAGAUUUGAAAAUUGGAAAGUACAUUUAAUUCCUUGGCCAUUAUACGCCACUAGAUGGCAUCGUAAUCAAUUCGUUCCUCCUAUGCUGUCUUAUACAGCUAAGGGCAGAACUUAUUGGCAACCAGAAAUUUGGAGGGCCGUUACCGCUACUGCCCCUAUUACCUUAACCCGGCCAGAAAAUAUUUCUACUUAUUCUAUUUUAGCUUGUCUACCCUCGCCUUAUGUUUUUCUCUUCGCUAAUGACUCCAAGAGACUUAAUAUACAUAUGAAUUAUACGGGUGGACCUAAUAUAGUAACUUGUGAACAAUGUAUGCUCUCAUCUUGUUUGACCCCUCAAUAUAAUGUUCGCUCUUUUGUGGUGUUGCAACGCCACACAUUAGUAUGAUAAUUAUGGUCUUGCUGUAUUACAACAACUAUAAGAUUUAAUGCGAUCACAACAGUUUGUGAGCUUACUUAUCAUGGGAAUAACAGCUUUAAUAACCACAAUUACUUCUGUUACUGUGGCAGCAAUAUCAUUGACUCAACAAGUACAUACUGCUCAAUAUGUUGAUACUAUGUCCAAAAAUGUCUCUUUAACAUUGGCAACACAGGAAGCUAGAGAUGAGGAUAGAUGCCCUAGAGGAAGCAAUAAUGCAUAUUCGAACUGAAUUGCAGGCUUUAAAAGUGAGAUUGGCACUGUCCUGUCAUGCCGACUACCUGUGGAUUUGUGUAACACCCCUGAAAGUAAAAGAGACAGAUUAUAACUGGGAAAAAAUUAAAAAUCAUAUUUCAGGUGUCUGGAACAGCUCUGACAUUAGUUUAGAUUUAGGAAAACUUCACAAUCAAAUAACAACCAUGGAACACUCCCAAUUAGAUUUUACUGCCACAGAAGUAGCAAGUGACUUCUUCCACACAUUCUCUAACUUCAUUUCAGGAAAGAACAUUCUAUCUACUAUUUUUAGCUAUGCUGCUGUGGUUGUUUUAAUUCUGCUUCUCAUAAUUAUUCUUCCUUGUAUUGUCAGAACUCUUUGACAGAGCACUCAGAAGCUCGCAAAUUGCAUCUGGCUGUCUUAAGGAAUAAAAGGGGGGGAGAUGCCGGGAGCCAGCAUGGGAGUUCCCACCCAUGACAAAGGUCAUGCGGAAAGGCCUGAUAUGCAAAGGCGAGUCAGGGCUCGAGGGGCCCCCUGGAUCUGCCUGAGCGUCUACCCCAAAACCAGAGUCUGCCUAUUUUACUAUUUUAUGACUUUCACCAACUCCUCUGACAUUAAUGGGGGGCUAUCCCCUAUCACCUUUCUCUGAAGGAAAUCAACUUAGAGCUCUAGUUAAUUAACCUCCUGGGCAUAUUAGGAGUGUUUCAAUCUAAACCCCUCAGAUGGCUCUCUAACUUGCCUGACAGGUUUAUCUGGACUCCUACAGCUACGCAUACAAUUGUUUACAGCCU